AUGUCCCCCUCCAUUUUUCGUCAGAAAUCAAAAGGAGAAGCCUGGGUCAGGUCGCGUUUUCCGCCCCCCGCACCCAGAACUCAAUUCUUUUCAGAUAUUCUUUGUCAAGCCGCCAAAGUGGAGAGUGUCGUUGCACCGGGGGGACCUUCUCGUUUCAGUGUAGGGGGAGGAGGUGGGGGUGCACCCCAGCAAUAUCCCAAGACUGUCUGCAACAGCGAGUUCCUGGGGAAAACCCCAGGUCCUGGCGUUCAGAGAUGGGUACCUUCUCGAAACACUAGACGAGAUGCCAACUCCUCCAGUGAGAAAGGGCAAAAUGAUGCAAUCUUCAGGAAAGUAAGAGGCAUACUUAACAAACUGACUCCUGAAAAGUUUGACAAACUAUGCUUGGAGCUCCUCAAUGUGGGUGUCGAUUCAAAACUUGUCUUAAAGGGAAUCAUCUUGUUGAUUGUUGACAAAGCCCUUGAAGAGCCCAAGUACAGCCAGUUGUAUGCACAACUAUGUCAUCGCUUGGCAGAGGAUGCACCAAAUUUUGAGGACCUAUCAUCAGAAAAUCAAGCAACACAAAAGCAAAAUACUACCUUCAGAAGGCUCCUGAUCAGCAAGCUUCAAGAUGAAUUUGAGAACCGUGCCAAGAAUGUGGACCUCUUUGAUAAGAGCGACAGCCCACUCACCUCUGAAGAGGAGGAGCAGCGUGCUAUUGCAAAGAUCAAAAUGCUGGGCAACAUCAAAUUCAUUGGUGAACUUGGCAAACUCAGUCUCAUCCAUGAAUCAAUCCUCCACAAAUGCAUCAAAACACUUCUGGAAAAGAAGAAGAAAAUCCAACUUAAGGAUAUGGUGGAAGACUUGGAAUGCCUCUGUCAGAUAAUGAAAACAGUGGGACCCAAACUUGAUCAUGAAAAAGCAAGGUCUUUGGUAGAUCAGUACUUUGGUCGCAUGCGAGCCUUGGCAAACAACAAGGAACUGCCUGCGAGGAUUCGCUUCCUUCUUCAGAACACAGUGGAGCUGCGAGAUAGCGAUUGGGUUCCUCGCAAAGCUUAUGUUGACAACGGGCCGAAGACCAUCAGCCAAGUUCGUCAGGAUGCAGUAAAGGACUUGGGUGUUUUCAUUCCACCUGCAAAUGAUGCAAUGAGGAAUGACUUCUUCAUGGAUAACACCUCCUUCCUGCCAACAAAGAUGAAGUUUGACAGGGAACCUCUUGGUGGACUGGCCGACAUGUUUGGGCAGAUGCCAGGAAUUGGUAUUGGGACUGGUCCAGGAGUAAUUCAGGAUCACUACUCGCCUACCAUGGGUCGUCACCGUACAGCUCCGAUCUUCAACGGCCAUAUUGGAAAUGCAAAUGGCUCACAUCAGCCUCAGUUUGAAUCGGGAAGCAAGCCAUUUAUAAAACCAAACCAAGGGCAGAAUUCACCGAUUUUCAGCCAUAAGCAGAACCACUCAGUUCAGAUGCAGUCAAAGGAUAUGGCUUCAAGGUUCAGCAAGAAAGGGAAACUUAAUGCUGAUGAGAUCAGUCUGCGGCCAGCACAGUCUUUCAUUUUGAAUAAAAACCAAGUGCCAAAGCUGCAGCCACAGAUGACUAUGGUUCCUCACAUUGGUUCCCCAAUAGGACAGCUUGGCCUCAAAACCAGUCCUCCUCCAAUUCAGGAAAAACCUGCCAAGUCCAAUAAAAAAGCUCCUCUUACAAAAGAAGAGUUGUGUAAACUCACAGAAACGCUGAUGGCAGACUACCUGAACAGCAAAAACAUCAAUGAGGCUGUGAAUGCUGUGCGGGAGAUGAAACCUCCCAAACACUUCUUUUCUGAGAUGCUGACCAAGAUCAUGAUCUACACCCUUGAGCGCUCAGAUGAGGAUAAGGAACAUGCAAGCAACCUGAUCCAUGAUUUUUGCACAGAGGGAAUUGUCACUAGUGAAAAUCUAAUGCAGGCUCUUCUGGGUGUUCUUGACCUCUGUCCCAAGAUAGAGGAAGAGAUCCCACUAGUGAAGUCUUACCUGGCACAGUUUGCAGCACGAGCCAUUAUUGCUGAGCUGGUCAGCAUUGAUGAUUUGGCUCAUCAUCUGGAGAAUGGUGCACAUUUCCCACUAUUCCUGCUCUGCCUGCAGCAAAUGGUCAAACUGAAGGGCCGCGAGUGGCUGAGUGACCUUUUCCAGCAGAGCAAGAUCAACAUGCAGAAGAUGCUGCCUGAAAUUGACCAGAACAAGGACAGGAUGUUGGAGAUUCUGGAGGGCAAAGGACUCAGCUUUUUGUUCCCACUGAUGAAACUGGAGAAGGAGCUGCUGAAGCAGAUCAAAGUAGAUCCCUCUCCACAAUCCAUCUACAAGUGGAUCAAAGACAACAUCUCUCCUAAACUCCACACUGACAAAGGCUUUGUCAACAUCCUUGUAACCAGCUUCCUGCAGUACAUUGCUUAUGAAACCAACCCCGACGAUGACGAAGAGCAGCUUGCAGCUCCCAGUAAAGAGCAAGUGGAUGAAGAGAAGCAGCUGUUAUUGUCCUUCAAGCCAGUAAUGCAGAAGUUCCUCCAUGAUCACAUUAACCUGCAAGUCGAUGCACUGUACGCACUGCAGGUGCACUGCAAUGCCAAGGGUUUCCCCAAAGGCAUGUUGCUGCGUUACUUUGUGAACCUUUAUGAUAUGGAAAUCAUUGAAGAAGAGGCCUUCAUCUCAUGGAAAGAAGACGUCACCCAAGAGUAUCCAGGGAAGGGGAAGGCAUUGUUUCAGGUGAACCAGUGGCUGACUUGGCUUGAGACUGCAGAGGAAGAGGAGUCGGAGGAUGAAGAUUACUAAAAAAAAAAAAAAAUAGGCCAAAGCCAUGUGUUACUAAAAUGCAUUGAGUGAUUUUAAUUUUUCUUUUUUUCUCCACGUAUCAUGUAUUCCUUUUCUGUCUCGUCUUGUUACAAUGCAUUCCACCAUGAAAUGUUUAGCCAAAUCAAGCCAGCAUCAACAUCUUACUGUAUUUACAAGUUUCCUAUUUUUCUAUCCUGUGAUGUCCUGCAGCAGACGUUUUACACAUUUCAGUCAUCUUGGGUUAUGUUUUAACAGCAGGCAGUAUUUUGCAGGGAAAUGCAUCUGAACAUGAUCCACUAUCACCCUUUACCUCUGGUAGAAGUCACCAAGUGCUGUCAUAAAGAUUUCCUUGGACUGUUUACAAGAGAAAAGAACAAAUGACCAAAACUUUUCUCAUUGUUUUAACUGCAUUUGUAAAUCAGUUUCUAGAUGCACUUUGCUCAACACCAAGAGUCGUUGCAAUAUUAAAAUAUACUCAUUUUUUAAUGUUUUAAUCAUUAGUUGCAGUUUGAUGCUGAUGUGGUUUCUUUUGCUUGAAAAUUUGAUCAUUUUCUUUAUUAAAUCUGGAUUUAAUUAACAAUUGUGGCCAAUAUAACUUGCACAAUAUGAUCCAAUUUGCUUAACUGUAUUUUUUUUUUUUAUGUAUAGAACAUUUUGUGCUUGUGGCCUUUUUUUAAUUUAUCGAUUCAUAUGGAUAUACCUCUAAUGUAUCGCUGACUAUACUUGAAUGUCUUGGUUUUUGACAUUGAGACAGCCAGAGCUCAGUUUACUUUACUACGGUUGUUCACUUGUGGAAAUUUGACAUCUUUUUGCAAUAUUUGCCAAGUUCUUAAAAGGUCUUUUUAUCUUCAUGAAAUUGCAGCAAAUGUACUGUGUGUUGAGGUGUCGUUAGGGUAAAAGCAGGACGUUGAGUGUGUACAACUAUGGAUCGACCUUGAAUAAAGAUAAACAGCUUGGAUGUUUCUUCUCUCAUUUUAUUAAAUGAAAAUUGAUGCAUUUAGAAGAAAAAUGUUCUAUAAGAAGGUGUCAUUUUUGCCACAGUUCCCUGGUUUGAGAUAGUUUGGUUUUAAUAUUAAAUCUUGUCAGGAAUUUUUCAAAUUUAAGACUUUUGAAAAAGGUGAGACAAAGCAGAAUGUUGGUAAUUUUUAAUUGUCUUAACAUCUCUGGGUUAUUUCACCGUCUGACAAAAAGAAAUUUUACUUGUGGCAUUUCAACCCAUUUUCUUUUACAAAACUUAAGUUCUUAUAAGACAAUGUUCCAAAAAAAAAAAAAAACCUAAUUUUAACUCAUUGGAAAGACUGAAAUCCAUAUCUUGAUGGUAAAUAAAA